CUGAAGGAGAAGCUCCAGCACUUGCAGUGUCAUUUCACCUGGAACUUUGAGGUCAGAGACAAGGUGGAUGCUCUACACAUCCAGCAGAUGUUGGACCUCCAGCUGGAACACACUUUGUACCGUAAUCGUGGUGCCUACCUGGCCAUGAAAGCCUACCUGCUCCACCAGCAAGGAGACUAUCAUGGAGCUCUGGGGAGCCUCAAGAGAGCAGAGGAGGUUCUGAAACAGGAUCAUCCCGCCAACUUCUCCCGUCAGACCCUGGUGACCUAUGGGAAUUACGCCUGGAUUUAUUACCACUUGACCAACUAUGAGAUGGUGGAGCUCUACCUGGGCCGGAUCUGUGAGAUUUGCCAGGCUCUCUCCAGCCCUGAGCCUUACUCUGUUGAGAUCCCUGAAAUCCAGGCCCAGAAAGGGUGGUCUCUGCUGGUUGGGGGCUUCCGCAAUGGACCGGAAGCCACUGAGUGUUUCCGAAUGGCCCUGAGGAAAGAUGAGUCUAAUGAGGAAUUCCAAGCUGGUCUGGCAUUCUCCAUCUUUGCUUCCUGGACUCAUUGUUGGAGGCACGAUCUUCAGGAAGAGGCCCAAAGACUUCUGGAAGAGAUUGUCUUUAACCACCCCCAAAAUUAUGAAGCCAAAGUACAUUUGAUCAGCCUGUUAUCAAGGAACAAUAGACAGAGAGUCAAGAGUCUGGUGGACGAUGUGGUCCAGAACAGCAUCAACCCAGACGUCCUGAGAAAUGCUGCCAAGGUUUGUACACAUAAGCUCCAAUCACUAUCACAGGCAAUUACAAUACUCAGGAAGGCCAUAGCCCUGAAUCCCAGGUACCACCUGCUUCACUAUGACCUCGGGUGCCUCUACAAGAUGCAGUUGGAGAAGGCAUUGCCAGAAGAAAGGGAAGAACUAGCAGCAGCAGCUACUGAAAGCUUCAACCGUUCUCUGGAAACAGAUCCUGCUUCAGUGUUUUCCCGGUUGGAAUUAGCCAAAAUGUAUGGGGAAAAGUCCUUGGCUUACGAGGAAGAGGUGUAUGAAAACCUGUUGGAGGACCUGCCCAACUUCAGCAAGCGAUGCCAGCAGGCCAUCUACCUGCAUUGGGGAGACUUCCUGCUCCACAAGAAAGGAGAGCGGCAAGGAGCACUGGAGAUGUACAUGGCAGGCCUGAGCAUCACAGGUGGCCAUGGCAGGGAAAGGGGCUUACUGAAGGCCAGCCUGAAAAGCCUGGAAGAGAGGUUCUAGGAAGACUCUGAAACAGACUAAGUCAAGUCUAUUGAUGACAUGGUGGGCUUUCUUAUGAAGCAAGGUCUCAGGCAAGUGUUAGAAGAAAAAUGAGAACUCCUGCAGAAGGAAAGUCAGAAUCCGAAGAUGAGGAUCUGUUCCUACUAGUUCAGGAGAAGAUUGACAAGCCUUCAUCUCCUAUAUCCUACUUGUAAUACUGGGAGCCUUCAUUGUUGCCUGACUUUUUCUGUAGUUCUUUGCUGACAGUGGAAUGGACUUUCUCCAAAGAUGGUGGCCUUUCAGAGGUCCUUUAGAGAUAGAUUCCUACCCUGGAAGGAGUUGGACCCAAUGGCUUUUGGUUUCAUCCCCGUGACUUUUCCAUGUCACGCCUGCACAGUUAUAGUUAAUGGUGACUCAAAAGUCCUCUUCAGGUUUCCUUCAUCUCAUUAGGAGCUGUUGUGAUGUGAUGGGGACAACGGUUAUUUCAUUUCUUAACCAAUGCAGAAAUGUAAAGUUUUGUGUCCUGGCCAUUUAUGGAAAUGAUCUUGCAGAGCAAUGUGGAAAGGAGAUGGUUAUGCCCAUUUGUCAUGGGGGUACUUUUUUGAUGGAACCAAGGGCCUGAAGUUAAGUCCUAAGGGAACAACCGUGUGGCCUUUAAAUAAAGAUCCAAACCAGUUGUUGGAUCAUAAGACCCUCUGGCACUUGUUGGACUACAGCUCCCAGCCUACUUCACCACUACCCAUCCUAGCCAGGGCUGAUGAGAGUUGCAGUCCAACAACAUCUGCUAUAUGAUUCCCAUCCCUGUCUUAAAUCCAGCUAUUGAUCCCAAGUAGAGUCGGCCCAUUGAAUGGAUGAGAAUUGGUUGGUUAAUUAAAUGCGGGUGUAGGUUCGUUUCAUUCAGUGGCUCUAUUCUAUUUUGGACAGACAGUUGGAUGUUCACCAGAGGUUCCACCUAGAUCUCUGGAAUAUGAAGAGCUGAUGUGUGAUUCUUUGCUCUCAUUUUCUGCUGGUUUGCAUUUUUACCCAUCUCCAAUGCAGUUAAAAGGAUUCUUACAAUGUCUAUGUAAUGCAGCCAGGAUUUUGCAAGUGCAGAUCUCCAUACCCAAUAACCAGAGCAUGCUACAGCUUGGUCAUACCUACUAAAGUGGUCAUGUUAUCUUCCUUGGCUUUGUGUAUUCAAAUGCUCUUUAAUACUGUUAGCAGUUGUAAUAAUUCUUUAAUAAACUAGUCUGAGUUUUGCU